CUAUGGCUCUCGAAGAAGAGAGGCGGCAAGAGACGAGACUCAUUGGACUCUGUGCUUUCCUUCUGCAUUCGAUUCUUCGCCCUGUAUUUGUACCACUAAUUUCUUUGUCUUUCCCCAAGUUUAUCGCUGAUUUAGUGCAAAUUUUGGGGAGGAAGAAGAGGAAAUGGACUUGGCGUCGAAGCUCCAGUUCCUGGAGCUGCGGUCUCCUUUUCUCGCCGGAACAACCCUUCUUUCUCCCGCCGCCCGCCCCCGGCAUCUUCCCUUGACGAGCGCCUCCCUGAAAUUGGCAGUUGUUAAUACCUCGACCUUCAAAAAUCCGUCUCGAAUUUCGUUCAAAUUACACUCGAUUGCUACUGAGAAUUCCACUUCUACAACCACACUUGAAGAGGAGGAUGAAGACAUAGAAGCUCUGCUUUCCAACGGCUCUGCAGAAUCAGAAGUUAACUACAAGCGCGGCAACAAGAGCACCACCGGCGCAUCCAGUAUUUCAUCGGGCGUCAGGUUAGAAAACGUGAGCAAAAGCUAUAAAGGUGUCACCGUGUUGAAAGAUGUCAGCUGGGAAGUGAAAAGAGGGGAAAAGGCUGGAUUGGUGGGGGUUAAUGGUGCAGGCAAAACGACGCAGCUGAGGAUGAUUGCUGGAUUAGAGGAGCCUGAUUCAGGGAAUGUAAUCAAGGCCAAGGAUAAUAUAAAGGUUGCUUUUCUGAGCCAAGAAUUUGAGGUGUUGUCUACGCGGACUGUGAAGGAAGAGUUUUUGAGUGCUUUCAAGGAGGAAAUGGAGGUUGCAGAGAAGCUGGAGAAGGUUCAGAAGGCCAUAGAGAAGUCAGUGGAUGAUUUGGAUCUGAUGGGGAGGCUACUUGAUGAGUUUGAUUUGUUGCAGAGGAGGGCUCAAGCUGUUGAUUUGGAUAAGAUUGAUGCCAAGAUCAAUAAGUUGUUACCUGAUCUUGGAUUUGCUCCAGAGGAUACAGAUCGUCUUGUUGCAUCGUUUAGUGGUGGAUGGCAGAUGAGGAUGUCACUUGGGAAGAUUCUGCUGCAGGAUCCUGAUUUGUUGCUUUUGGAUGAACCGACGAACCACCUUGAUCUUGAUACAAUUGAGUGGCUUGAGGGUUAUCUACAGAAACAAGAUGUGCCAAUGGUUAUUAUAUCCCAUGACAGAGCUUUUCUUGAUCAACUGUGUACAAAAAUUGUGGAAACUGAUAUGGGCGUUUCUAGAACAUACGAAGGAAAUUACUCGGAUUAUGUUAUUGCGAAGGCAGAAUGGAUUGAAGCUCAGUUUGCAGCAUGGGAAAAGCAACAGAAGGAGAUUGAACAGACAAAGGACAUGAUAAGCAGGUUGAGCGCAGGAGCAAAUGCUGGCCGUGCUUCUACUGCUGAAAAGAAGCUGGAAAAGCUCCAGGAAGAGGAAUUGGUUGAGAAGCCCUUCAUACGUAAGCAGAUGAAGAUCAGGUUUCCCGAGCGUGGAAGAAGUGGUCGAUCUGUUGUCAUGAUGAAGAAUUUAGAGUUCAGUUAUGAGGAUAAGGUUCUAUUUGACAAGGCAAAUUUGGAGAUUGAAAGGGGUGAGAAAAUUGCAAUUCUGGGACCAAAUGGUUGUGGAAAAAGUACAUUGCUUAAACUGAUUAUGGGCAUGGAGAAACCAGACAAGGGAGAAGUUUUGCUCGGGGAGCACAAUGUGCUACCCAAUUAUUUUGAACAAAAUCAGGCAGAAGCACUUGAAUUAGAUAAAACAGUACUGGAAACUGUAGCUGAAGUUGCAGAAGAUUGGCGACUCGAUGACAUUAAGGGUCUCCUAGGCCGAUAUAAUUUCAAGGCUGACAUGCUUGACCGGCCAGUUUCCUUUCUAAGUGGUGGCGAAAAGGCUCGGCUCGCCUUUUGCAAGUUCAUGGUCAAACCUUCUACUCUUCUUGUUUUGGAUGAGCCAACAAAUCAUUUGGACAUCCCUACAAAAGAAAUGCUUGAGGAGGCAAUUAAUGAGUAUGAAGGCACGGUUAUUACCGUUUCUCAUGACAGAUACUUCAUAAAGAAGAUAGUUAACAGAGUCUUGGAAGUUAGAGAUGGGACCAUACAGGAUUAUGCAGGAGACUACAAUUAUUAUCUGGAGAAAAAUCUUGAAGCAAGAGAAAGGGAGCUCGAACGGGAGGCAGAGCUAGAGGAGAAGGCCCCAAAAGCAAAGGCCAAAUCCAAGAUGUCCAAGGCGGAGAGGGAAGCUAGAAAGAAGCAAAAAAUGCAAGCGUUUCAAGCUGCUAAGCAGAAAUCAAAGGGAUUGAAAAAUGCCAAGAGAUGGAAAUGAGCUACCCCAUCUAACAGUUUCACAAGCUUCUUGCUGCUGCUAUACCGAUUCACAGCAGAUUAAUCGGUAGCUUGUUUAGGCUACACUGUUUGUUUCUAUGUACAGAACACAACAAAAAUAGGUUACUUGUUUAGAAAUGAAUGAUUUGAGAUUGCAGCAAGCUGUAUGUCAAAAGUGCUAGCUUAUAUUACCUCAGUUAAUAAAUUGAAUUCGACAGCCUUAAAUUACAAAUAAAAGCAUUUGCCUAUAUAUUUCA